GUAUACGAUAUUGACAGAUAGUGCCGCAAACGCAACGUUGGCAGACGCACGCAGCCGGCCCGCCCGCCCGCCAGCCCACCACUCUAACCAAAUUAUUUUUAUAAUAAAAGACAAAAAUGGCGGAGGUAAAGAAGUACACGAUGGCGGAAGUGGCACAGAAUAAGGGCAAGAACGGACCACUGUGGAUAGUAUACAAGGACGGCGUGUACGACCUCACCAAGUAUACUGCGGAGCACCCCGGUGGAGUGGACUCUAUUGUGGACGAGGCGGGCACCGACGCCACUAAAGCCUUCGACGAGUCUGCGCACACGCCUGACGCUAAAGUUAUCAUGGCCAAGUACAAGAUCGGCGAACUUGUUGAGGAAGAGAAACGAUAUGACGCUAACGGGAAGAAGAAGAAAAAGGUGGUGCAGGCAGCUCCAGAGGGCAGCAGUAGGAGUUGUAUGAGUGUUAUCACUUGCGGCCUGGUGGGGUGAUGCGCUCAUGAACAAAACAACAUUGAAGGGUCUACAGAGAUAAAAUACUUAGUUAUAUAAAAAAGGAGUCUUCUAUUUUCGAGAUUACAGAUAUGCAUUUCAUAUAGAUAUUUUGGUGCUAAAUAAUAUUGUGAUUAAUUAUGUACCUACUUACUAUAAAUUAAUAAUAAACCUCUUCUCAUUGUUGAAAUCGUAAAUAGGUAUAAGUAGAAGAUAAGUCAUGAUUGCCUUUGUGUUAUUUAUAAACUUUUAUUUUUAUUUUUUUGUUUUAUUUCUCUAAUUUUCUCAUCAGUAGGUAACUACUCAACUAACAAUUGUUAUCGUAAAAAAGCCAGCAGCACGUUUCGAUUUCAGCUGUUGGUUGUGUA